AUGAGCUUCGCGAGCACUGUGGCGGGCGGGCGAGGCGUGGGUACCUCCGCGCCGCAACAAGGCACUCAAGGCACAUCUUUGGGCACAUCCCAUUCCGAUUGUAUGGCACUGGACUCUUUCACCGGUGCGUCUGGUGGCACUGUUAAAUCUGCGGGGGGGGAAUGUCAAGAAACAUCGAAUGCUUUGCGACUUAUCAACAGAGGGAGUGGUGGGAGCACCAGUGCACGUCCUGAGGACGACGUUCUUCGACGGUGUUGUAGUGUGAGCACAACAGCGGAGAGUUUAGUCGGUGGUGGAGGCCGAGGGGGGAGCGUUCAUCCCGGUCCGAGCAACGAGGCAUCAAGUAACAGCGGAUAUCGUGGUGAGUCAGACUGCGCUUCAGUUUGCCGCCGUGACUGUAGCAAUAGUUUGAUUCGUGAGUGUACGCCACAGGGACCGGAACCCGACGAGAGCUUACUCCACGGGAAGAAAGAUCAGUUGAUUGUGACAGACGAACGAGCAUCAAUUUUCCACUUGCCGGAGCAUGCUUUUGGGGGAUCGCCCCUGCCGGUAGAAGCGCCAGGAACUGGCCUAGAGGUACGGGAGCAUGCGACAGAACAACGCGGGGAGUUUCCAGAGGUUGCUUGUGACGGUAUCGGCGUGCCGUGCACUGCAGACGACGCUCAAACCACUCCAUUCGGAUGCAGUGCCGACACUCAACCGAAACAGUCGCCUGUAAUGCCAGCGGCAGGUGCCCUGCCUCUCGCUGUGUCAACGCCUGUCGCUUUUCCCCAAGACUGCGAGUCUUUCACACCGCCCUCCGACUCAUCAUCGCAUCCGGCGUCUCGCGUGGUUUGUGGUACGGCUGCUGGGCCUGGUCGUUGCUCGUCACUAGCUAGCAACGUUUCAUUCAAUUCGCCAUUAUCUACAGCGGAGCUUCAACCGAAGUGUCGUUUUGCUGGGGAACCAGCCGCAGUUCCGGUUGCCGCUUCGCCCCGUAGUCCUUCUGCACAACGUCUGGGCUCCGAAGGGAGACGAAGGCUUCUUGCCCUUCUUCGGCGCCGAUACAGGGCGGACUUACCCCGAAGCAAGGCUCUCCUUACUGAGCACCUGGGGCUCCGUACCAUCUCACAUCUUUCUAGCAGCACAGUCACGCAACUCUGGAUGGUCGCUAGGCUCUUCGACUGUGAAGCGGAGGCAUCGCAGCUGUGUUUGGGCGGCUCGACAAGUGGAGGCUACGGGACCGACCGAAGUGAAAACCCGGUUCGGGGAGAUACCGAAGAACCACGAGAUCUGGAUGCCAUGAAGAACACUGGCAAGAUACCCGAGAGGGAGGUCGGUAGAGGGGCCGUCUUAGACACACGGACAGAACACGAUGCUACUCUCUCAGCGGCGCAUACGCCACUCGACGCUGAUUCACAGAAGGAUGGCCAUCCUUGUCUUAUGACCGCCAGCCGGACUCCGCAGUGUGCCCCGGGACCGGACUGGGGAUCAUCUUUCUGUCCGAAUACACCUCUCGAAUUAGCUGGAGCCUCCUCACCUGAGCGGGCUUCCCCUCAGAAACCAAUGCAGUGGGGCUGGCGGAUCGGGUCGUGUUCCUCAGGCACUGCGCCCCUACCCGGGUCUUCUCCAGUGUCGCAGGGGCGUCUCCCUCAUUUGCGGCAGAAAGAUCCGCUUUGCGGCGCGCCAACAAGCCAGAUAUCGAUACCAGAUCCGCGCGCUCCUGCAUCUGUGCAUAGCUGUAUGUUGUACGGGUCGACACCGGCCCCAGGGAUGGCUGGGCCUUCAGCUCGUCCAGGCGUCAACCAGUUCAGUUAUCCACCUGGGCAACAACCGCAACCCGUUUCCGUGGACAGUCCGUGGUGGAUGGAGGGAGGUGAUGCUGGCAGCCCUCGCAGCGGCCACCCAUCACCAUAUCUUGCAGGGGCAGACAGCGCAGGUUACCCGAGCUGCAAUUUUGUGCUGCCAGGUCCGCCACCAGGGGAAUCCGGCAACGAGUCGCCUGGCUGUUCUCCGGCGCCAAGAGGCCAAGAGACGGGCACUGGUGAUCCGGAGGCACAUGUGGAAAGCGAUGGUGUGCCGCCAUCUUCUGGAGUGCUUUCCUCAUCCUCGGGGUUUUCAGAAACGGGCAUGAGUAGCUCUCGAGACUCGAUUUCCACUUCGUCUGUAAGGGGCACACGGCAUCCGUUGCCGUCUGUGGAGUUCGAACCGGCCGUGCACCAACAGGGGCUCCAUCAACGGGCCAGUCCCUUGCAGAGUGCCCCGGAUGGUCGUCUGGGAUACGCAAGUCAUCUCGUGUCAAGAGCACAGGGCGAUCUACACCAGCCUGUCGCGCAACCAGCAGAGCCCAUCGCUAGUGGGGCUGCGGGCCUUUUGGGACUGAGCCCCGGAAGCAUGCCGAAUGCGGUGUGCGCGUCGCCUCCAGGGACAUUUUUACAGAAUCCUACAUCGGGUGUAUCCAGCCACGUAGGCGGAAAUGUAGUAUCGCCGAGAAUAUCGCCUACGUGUUGCGUGUCGUCACCCGAGGGCCUGCCUUCAUCGCCGCCGCCUGGCAUGAUAGUCGCUAGCUCUGUGCUGGGCCUUCGUGGUAAUGAAAUGAGCUCCGGCAGCCGAGCCUCGUUAGCUGGUGAAGUGCACAGACUGACCGUAGGUUCGCAAGGGGUUGGUGGAGAUGCGGAAAUUGGCUCUGCAGUGAGCGGCGGCGUGAGCAAUACACCUCCGAAAAGCUCGCCGCGCCGGAGUCGCAAAAGAGCGGCGGCCGCUUCUGUGGAUGGCACACCAGAAAGCACCACUCCUUCGUCACCUGGUGGCGCUGGUAAAGUGCGCGAUAACUUGCCUCCACCGGCACGCCCCCCUCCACCGCAGCAGCCAAAGCGGAGUCGCAAACGAACCAAAACAGCGGGCGCAAACGGAUCAGGAGAUGGGACAGACCAGGGUCCACCGCGGCAACCUCGUCCGUGGCAGCACACAGCUCGCUGCAAAAAGAGCGGAAGAUUCUGCACGAGAGAGGAAGCGGCUCAAGCGGCGGCAGAGGCUGCGGCAGCCGCUGCCGCUGCCGCCGCUGCCGCAGCCUCUGUUGCAGCUGACUCUUCGGGAGGAGAGGCUGACAAAAAUGCAGACACAGGGGAGAAACGACCUAGCUUGGGUACUGCGCCGCUGGCCCAACAGUGUGACACUGCAACUAUGACUGCACGAGCAACGGUUCCAGGAAGGAGUGCGCAUGCAUCCGAAUGCGGCCUAGAAGGAAAGGAAGGACUCAGCCCGAAAGCCGGAGGUGAGUCUGGUGCUGGCGUAUUGCCGCUACCCAAUGCGACUCCCGAUUCCACAAGGGAACCUACGACCGGUUCACAAGGUGGAGGCAGUCGACGGCCUGUAGGAAGCCGAUCCCGCGCAAAUAACGGCAGCCGGAGCGGUGGUGGCAACGACGGAUUUUCGGCCUUGAGAGACAGCGCCAUAAAGGCGGCUGUUGGUGAAUCUCCGAUGCAGGGGCAAGCACCCCCUACAUUUCGCGAAAAGGGAGAACAGGCGGGCCUGUGCCAAACGGCCAGCACAACUCGGAAACGCCGACGCACUAAGAACGAUUCCGAGUUUAAGAAGGAAGUUCGAUGUACGCCCGAGGAGGGGCCCGCUGGAGCUCUUACGAUAAAUUCUGUACAGGCCGCGGGGUCUUCCCAGUCCUUCGCAGACUGUAGCAUUAAACCAGACGACUCCACACAGCUCCGGGUCGCCUCUGCGCUCCACGUGGAAGGCAUUUACGCGCCUCCGGGGUUGCCUUGGGAUAUACCUCAACACAGAGGAACGCCUUACCCGACAACUCACGACCGGUCCCCCCAGGUGUCCACUUUCGCGUACAGUGCGCCAACUGGUCAAUGCAGCCGCUCGUCUGUCCCGUACGGCGUGUCAGUGGCUGCGUCUUCGCCUUACUCCCUCCAUCCGUACAUCCCUGACCUGUAUAACCGGCGGCCGCUUGAGCGGCCCGCAGGGGGAGCUCCACUUGAGUGCGAAGCUCCAGGCCUUGGUGUGCCUUCCGCCAGCAGGCCUGGUCAAGCGUGUCAGAGCGCUGUGCCCACAGGCAUCCCGUACGGUGGCUUGGGAUACGGAAUCGAAGCAACGGGACAAGUUGCUGCCGGGGCACCACGGCUCGCGGGACCUGGCCGGAACUCUGCGCCUGUGCUCCACCCUGCCUCGUGGCCCCCACACCACCAGUACGAAACGUCAACGCCGUGUUCUGCAAUGCCACAAGCGCAUUCGAGGGGAAACUGUCAGCUGGCUGAAAAUGGGCGUGGCGAGUAUGGGGCGGCGGAGGCGGUGCCUGGUCAUGCAGAGGGCAUCGCAGUGCCCACCGGCUUUGAGCCUCCUUACCCUCAUAUCGGACCGUCGUGGGGAUCGCCCGCUAGUGUUGCCAGCCAGCUGUACCCAUCGAGGAGCAGUGCAGAAGAGAGACAGGCAACCGGGGUAGGACAGGUGUCUUCCCAUGACUCUGGUGAGUUCGCUUUCGUGAAACCUGAAAUGUGCGCUCGCGUUCCUCACCCUGCCGGAGCCUCGCAGGACUGGCGGGCGUUCCACGGGGAAAAUGUGGCAAGCCAGGCAAGCCGUCAUGGAUUUAGCGCGGGGGGGUUGCCCCCGCCGAGCCCGGCGGGGACUGGUUCGGAUGCGGGAAGCCGAGAGUUCCCGCUGAAUCGUAGCGGCCCGGAGACAAGCGGGCCGCCGUCUGUGGGCCACAUGCAAACCGGCGACGUAGGGGUGGGAGACAGUGGCAGCCCCUCGCAUGGGCCGAGUUCAGGCCCAGUGGGCGCGUGGUUAAUGUCUUCCGGAGGGUGUGAGACAUCGCGCGAGGGCACCGGACGCACGGAAACCAGUUCUUCCACUGCGGGAGCGGGGUCGUCCACCAGAGCGGUCAUCAUGACGCUGGGAACCGAGGACGGGGAAGACGAUAGGGCUAGAGAGCGCCACGACGAAGAGGGAGGCUUAUUUCAUAGAACCGCGCCUCUGUCCCCCCUCCUCCUCUGUGACUACCAUCCGCUUCUGUAG